UUUUACUCUCAGAUUUUUACGGUACGGCCUCGGUACAGUUAAACACGUAAAAAGACUGCAAAAGACUCUAUAACUUUUGAAGUUCAACGGUAAGACAGGCAAUUGCUUUUCGUCCCGCUCGCAAAUGUGGUCAUCGCUGGUAGGACGCAUUUCUUGCCGCUUGGUUACCCGGCAGCGGUCAAUUCUUCCACCCGCAAACGCUAAUUUCUCCUCUCAACGUGUGGCGAUCGCCUUACGCAGUAAAAAGCCAAAAUCGGAUAAACCCACGAUAAACUACUUUGUGGAUAGUAAGCACAUCCGUGCGGUGGGUGGUAAGGGUGGAGAUGGUUGCAUUUCUUUUCUAAGGUUGUGGUGCAAUGAAAACGCUGGCCCCGAUGGAGGAGACGGUGGUAAUGGGGGGCAUGUAGUGCUGCAGGCCACUUGUGAUGUUCGCGACUUGAAUCAUGUUACGGCGAUAUUAAGUGCGGACAGUGGCGACAAAGGAGGAAACAAGGAUUGCCAUGGAAAAAAUGCCAGUCAUACGAUGGUGAAAGUUCCGUUGGGGACAAUCGUGAAGGAUAACUCUGGAAAGGUGGUCGGGGACCUGGACACCGAGGGAAAGAUGUUCGUUGCCGCGAGGGGUGGUGCCGGUGGUAAGGGUAACCAUUUCUUUGCCAGCGAUAUGGAACAAGCCCCACAAGUUGCGGAAUUUGGCGGGGAAGGAGAGCAAAAGGCUUACAUUUUGGAGUUGAGAAGUAUGGCACACGUUGGAUUUAUCGGGCUUCCAAAUGCGGGGAAAAGCACUUUGUUGAGAGCGAUUUCGAGAGCCCGACCGAAGGUGGCAUCUUAUCCGUUCACUACUUUGAAACCUCACCUAGGGAUGGUUCAGUAUGACGAUUACGAACAGAUUGCCGUCGCAGAUCUGCCUGGGCUGAUUCCAGAUUCACACAAGAACAAAGGAUUGGGAAUCCAGUUUUUGAAGCAUGCGGAACGUUGUAGUAUAUUGCUGUUUGUUGUUGAUGUGUCCGCAGAAGAGCCCUGGAAUCAUUUUCAUACUUUGAUGCAUGAGAUAAGUAUGUUCAGCGAGGAGUUGGCUAAUCGGCCAAAAGUUAUUAUCGCUAACAAAAUUGACCUGCCGGAGUCGGAACGUAAUUUGCAGCUCCUGGAGCACCAUGUUGAUGUUCCUGUUAUUUCGAUUAGUGCUAAAAUGGGAACAAAUGUGGCCGAGUUGCUGAAAGAGAUAAGGACAAUUUAUGAUAGUUUAGAAAAGAAACCGGAAGCGAAGGAUGGUGGAACAUGAAA